AUGGGGGAUAAAGCGGGUGGUGGUGCGGGCGGUUUGGGCCGCGACUCUGUCGGAUGGAGGUUGGACGGCCGAAGGCGUGGUGGGUCACGGUGGCUCUAUAUAGGGGCGUGGCGCGGUGGAAACCACGGAAGAGAGCGAGAUGCAGAGAAAACAGCCACAAGGGUGGCGCACGGUGAGGUGGCGGUGGAGGUCGAGGUCGCGGUGACUCCGGAUUUUGGCAGGCGACCGGAGAUGAGUGGUUAUGGUUCAAGUGAAAGAGAUGGGGCGCAAAUGGGAGGCUAG